AUGGUCACACCCAACAAUGCUACACCAGGCGACGACGAAAGGCUCAAAGCGGCACUCUGGCAUUCCAUCGGCAAGACUAUUGAUGCCAUCGCCGUCGAGCAGAACAUCAACGCAUCACCCACCUUCAUCGCCGGCGUGACGGAAAUGGCAUCGGCGAAGAUUAAUACCAUUGCAGCAGAUCUGGAAGCCUUUGCCCGUCAUGCGGACCGCUCGAUCAUCAACGAACGUGAUGCUCUGCUAUUGGCACGCCAUAACGACAGUUUGAAAGAUGUGCUGCAGGCUAAAGCCGAGGAGCUUCGCAAGCGAGAGAAAUCGACAACACGGUGA